AUGGCUGAUAGCGAACACACGCCCGAGUCGAAUGUCGACGUGCUUAUCAUCGGCGCUGGACCAGCAGGGUUGAUGGCCGCUUGCUGGAUGGCACAUUGCGGUGUAUCAACUCGUAUCAUUGAUAAAAGGGGUACCAAGAUCUUCUGCGGACAAGCAGAUGGGCUUCAAUGUCGUAGUCUUGAGAUAUUCGACAGUUUCGGCUUCGCAGAUAGGGCAUGGAAAGAAGCGAACCAUAUGAUUGAGAUAUGUAUGUGGAACCCUGGGCCCGAAGGCGUGAUACGCCGUUCGGAUCGUAUUCCGGAUACAAUUGUAGGACUUUCUCGAUUCCAGCAGAUUACCUUACACCAGGGACGCAUUGAACGCUUUUUCCUCGACAAUAUUAAGAAGUACUCCAAGGACACGAUUAGAGUAGAGCGCGGGGUUAUUCCCGAGUCACUGGAUAUCGAUGAGCUGAAAGUCAAGGAUCAGUCUUCCUACCCAGUCACUGUAAAGUUGCGUCACCUCACCGACGAAGAGGCCACGCCUGAACAGCAGAUCAACGGAAGCAAGAUCUCAGACGGUCUAUUCCGGAGUAAUCUAAUGCACGAGGACGACGAGGACGAUUUAAUUCGGAAGAGCAAGUCACGAGUGGGAACAGACGAAAUAGUCCACGCGAAGUACGUCAUCGGAUGUGACGGUGCACGCAGCUGGACUCGCCGUACCUUGGGCUUUGAGUUACAGGGCGAGGCAACGGAUUUUAUCUGGGGUGUCCUUGACAUUAUACCUAUUACUGAUUUUCCUGAUAUCCGAAUGCGAUGUGCCAUUCAUUCGGCUGAGAAUGGUAGCUUGAUGGUAAUCCCUCGCGAAAAUAAAUUGGUCCGACUAUAUAUUCAGUUGAAAGAGGUAACUCCGGACGCUUCCGGCCGCGCAGAUAGGUCUAAGAUUACUCCCGAUAUCAUCUUGAAUGCUGCCAGAAAGAUUCUUAGCCCGUAUAAAAUCGAUUAUGAAUACUGCGACUGGUGGACUGCGUAUCAGAUCGGACAAAGAGUUGGCACACAGUUUGACUCUCAUGAGCGCGUAUUUCUUGCCGGAGAUGCUGUGCACACACAUUCCCCGAAAGCCGGCCAGGGUAUGAAUGUUUCUAUGCACGACACUUACAAUCUUGGCUGGAAAGUAGCCCUUGUCGCUAAAGGUAUCGCAAAGCCAAGUAUUUUAAGCACCUAUCAAACCGAGCGGCGCGCCAUAGCUCGCGACCUCAUUAACUUUGAUCAUCGCUUUAGCAGGCUAUUCUCUGGGAGACCAGCUAAGGAUGUUAUGGAUGCCGAAGGUGUUAGUAUGGAUGAAUUCAAAGAGUCCUUUCUGAAAGGUAACCUAUUCGCAUCCGGUCUGAUCGUCAACUAUGGACCUAGUAACCUUGUUGUGAAAGUCGUGGAUGAACCAGAAAAGGGUGAGCUAAGCGGUUCGACCUCCACAAGCAUCUUCGCCGAUACAUUCGCGAAGAAGCAGGCUCUAGCCACCGGCCUCCCUGUUGGGAUGCGUUUCAAUAGCUUCAAAGUAGUUAACCAGUCUGAUGCCCGACCUUGGCACUUUCAAGAGAAGCUUAAGUCCGAUGGCCGAUUCCGCGUGGUCCUUUUUGCAGGAAAUAUUUUGAAUCCCCCACAGAAGAGCCGCGUGGAACAGUUUUGCGACGCUCUCGGUGCGCCAAAUAGCUUUUUCCGUACUUUCAACCCUACUAGCCCACCACUGGACACGGUAAUCGAAGUUUUGACAAUACACUCCGCCAAGAGGACUGAAACAGACUUGAUAAGAGAUUUCCCUGAGAUUCUUCACCCUUUCAAUCCGCAUACCGGGUGGGAUUAUGAUAAAGUAUUUGUGGACGAUGCAAGCUACCAUGAGGGUGUUGGAGAUGCUUAUAUUAACUACGGAGUAGACAGAGAGCGAGGAUGCGUUGUGGUGGCGAGGCCUGACCAAUAUGUCGGCUGGGUCGGUGAUCUUGAGGACUUCAACGACCUGCAGAGAUAUUUUGAGGGAUGUCUCGUGCUUAGUACUCAUGCAUGA